ACUUAUUGAUGGACGUUUGUUUUGACCAAUCAUUUUGUAGGGGGUUAUUGAGUAACGUUUUCGGUCGACCAAUCACGGAAGAGUUCAUUGAAAGGAGUCCUACUACUCUGCCGUCUUUGUGUUGACAUUUUCGGAGGACUGAGAGUGUUUGAAUGGAUAUUACCAGGUGCCCGGAGAAAUGGGUAAAACAGGAAAAGGAGAGGGCUCCAACAUCGUCUAUGAUGCUGUCUAGCAAGAAGUCAGAUGCUGGCUCCUCUUCCUCUUCCACAUCGUCUUCUGUGGGAGCUGCGGGAGCAGCGGGAGCGGAAAGGGUAGGCGUUGCUGAUGCCCAGACUGGUCCAUCUGUCUCUGCGGCAGGCCCUAUGGAUGUAAAGAAAAAGGAAAGGUCCUCCCCUAGUGGGGAGCCUGGAGGAGCCCCUGUGCCUCACCAAGCAGGCCCCGGGGGGGCAGAGCAAGACGCAGCUGAAGUUCGCAGAACGAGUCGUCGCAAGCGAGCUAAACAGGUGGAAUACCGCGAGAUGGACGAAAGCCUGGCCAAUCUGUCGGAAGACGAAUAUUACUCGGAGGAAGAGAGGAAUGCCAAGGCAGAGAAAGAGAGGAAGCAAGUAAUCCCUCCACCACCUCCACCACCAGAGGAGGAGAAUGACAGUGAACCAGAGGAGCCAUCUGGUGUAGAAGGAGCUGCUUUCCAGAGCCGUCUUCCUCAUGACCGUAUGACAUCCCAGGAGGCAGCCUGCUUCCCUGACAUCAUCAGCGGACCCCAGCAGACUCAGAAGGUCUUCCUCUUCAUCCGCAACCGAACGCUCCAACUGUGGCUGGACAACCCUAAAAUCCAGCUGACCUUUGAGGCCACUGCACAACAGCUUGAAGCUCCGUACAACAGUGAUGCUGUGCUGGUCCACAGGAUACACAGCUACUUAGAACGGCAUGGUCUCGUUAACUUUGGCAUUUACAAGAGGGUCAAGCCAUUACCCACUAAGAAGACCGGGAAGGUUAUCGUCAUUGGUGGAGGUGUGUCUGGCCUCGCUGCAGCCAGGCAGCUGCAGAGCUUCGGGAUGGACGUUACAGUACUGGAGGCCAGGGACCGUGUUGGAGGCAGAGUGGCAACAUUUAGGAAGGGCAAUUAUGUCGCUGAUCUGGGGGCCAUGGUGGUGACAGGGCUGGGAGGGAACCCCAUGGCAGUGAUCAGCAAGCAGGUGAACAUGGAGCUGGCCAAGAUCAAACAGAAGUGUCCACUGUAUGAAGCAAAUGGCCAGGCUGGUGAACGAUGCACAAGUGUGCCAAAAGAGAAGGAUGAGAUGGUGGAGCAGGAGUUCAACAGGUUGCUGGAGGCCACCUCCUUCCUCAGCCACCAGCUGGACUUUAACUUCCUCAACAACAAGCCUGUUUCUUUGGGACAAGCCCUGGAGGUGGUCAUCCAGCUGCAGGAGAAGCAUGUCAAAGAUGAGCAGAUAGAACACUGGAAGAAGAUCGUAAAGACUCAGGAAGAUCUUCGGGAUCAGCUAAACAAGAUGGUGAUCACUAAGGACCGGGUGAAGGAGCUCCAUCAGCAGCAUAAAGAGGCCAGCGACGUCAAACCCCCCAGAGAUAUCACAGCUGAGUUCCUGGUGAAGAGCAAGAACCGUGACCUCACCGCGAACUGCAAAGAGUACGAUGAGUUGGUGGAGACGCAGGUGAAGCUGGAGGAGAAGCUGCAGGAGCUCGAGGCCAAUCCACCCAGUGAUGUUUACCUGUCAUCCAGGGAUCGGCAGAUCCUAGACUGGCACUUUGCCAACUUAGAGUUUGCCAACGCUACACCCCUCUCCACCCUUUCUCUCAAGCAUUGGGAUCAGGAUGAUGACUUUGAGUUCACUGGCAGCCACCUGACUGUAAGGAAUGGCUACUCUUGUGUUCCUGUGGCCCUGGCUGAGGGCUUGGACAUCAAACUAAACACAGCAGUGCGGCAGGUCCGGUAUACGGCCUCUGGCUGUGAGGUGAUAGCAGUCAACACACGCUCCACGACCCAGACCUUCAUAUACAAGUGUGACGCUGUGCUGUGCACCCUGCCUCUCGGGGUGCUGAAGCAGCAGCCCCCUGCUGUGCAGUUUGUUCCCCCUCUGCCCGAGUGGAAGACAGCUGCUAUUCAGAGGAUGGGCUUCGGCAACCUCAACAAGGUGGUGUUGUGUUUUGACCGCGUGUUCUGGGAUCCCAGUGUCAACCUCUUCGGUCAUGUCGGCUCCACCACAGCAAGUCGGGGCGAACUCUUCCUCUUCUGGAACCUCUACAAAGCCCCGAUAUUACUGGCUCUGAUGGCGGGUGAGGCCGCUGGCAUCAUGGAGAACAUCAGCGAUGACGUGAUCGUUGGACGCUGCCUGGCCAUCCUCAAAGGAAUAUUUGGAAGCAGCGCUGUGCCACAGCCAAAGGAAACCGUGGUCACUCGUUGGCGUGCCGACCCCUGGGCCCGCGGCUCCUACUCGUACGUUGCUGCAGGUUCUUCGGGCAACGACUAUGACCUCAUGGCACAGCCCAUCACGCCUGGCCCUGCGAUACCAGGAGCCUCACAGCCUGUUCCUCGUCUCUUCUUCUCCGGAGAGCACACGAUCAGGAACUACCCCGCUACAGUUCACGGCGCCCUGCUCAGCGGGCUCCGGGAGGCCGGGCGCAUCGCAGAUCAGUUCCUGGGUGCCAUGUACACACUUCCCCGACAGGCCACUCCCACAACGGCCAGCAACCCUCAGCAGGCUCCGCCCACUCCCAGUGUCUAAAAUGUCCUCUCAUAGUAACUGCCAACUCUGGACUUAGAGACCAACUUCAACAGUUAAUGAGAAAAAACAAAUCCAUAAACUGUCGACAUUUCUGAACGUGAUCCUGGAAGACCCUGACAACACUUAGCAUUAUUGCAUUUGCUCUAGUAAUAAAGCACAGAAAUAGUUUUCUGGCUAUGAUGUGAAAUUGAGAUUCCUUGUAUGGAGUAUUUCAGUUCUAAACACUUAUUUUGGGGUGUUAGUGACUGCUGACAUUUCCAGCUAAAUAUGGAGACAGAUGUAACCUUCUACAAAGACUGGGCUAUGCUAACGGAUGACUAAUAAAUUCCCAUUUUGUUACAUAGUGAUGUAAUAACUAAUCUAUCCUAAAUGUUAUGUUCCAGUCUUAAAAACCGAAGCAUGGCUUUAUGUUUGGAGUGAUUCAGUGUAUUUUAUUCCAUGUGGAGCAUGUCUGCAAAACCCAAUAUCUAUUUAUGUGCCCUUGUCUAAAUCCUAAAUGUACACACAACAUUGAGCCAGAUAUCAUAUUGUAAAACAGAUAACCAACCGAGUAGCACAGUCUCAACCUCAAUGCCUUGUCUUGGUUGUCUUAAAACAUUGCUAUGUACUGUAGUUGUACGCCUCCUAAAUUUACUUUCUACCACUUAGGUUGCAGAGUGUAGUGAAUAGUUUGUAUUAAAAGCUAAAAAAUAAAGAUAUGUUGAGAGAAUUGUGAAUGUUUUUGUUGCCAUAGCGGUUUAAGUAUUUUAUUAUGGCUGUUAUCACAUACUUUUUUAUAUUGUCAGUUGUUUUGUUAUUAAAAGAAGACAGAAAUUGUU